CAAGCUCGCGAGCACAUCCGCACAUGCACGCACGUCGUCGUCGUCACGGGCGACGCCGCCCCCGCCCCGCCGCCGUUGUGAUCUCGCCGUUUCAUUCCCCGCGCUCUAUAUAAACCUCCAUCCGCCUUCGUCGAUCGCAAGAGCCCGGUGAACACUGCAGAUCGAGCGAGCCCAGCCUCCUUUGCCGAUCACAUUCCACGACCCCAUCGAUGGCGGCCGGGAGGAAGCAGCUGGCGAGCAGCGCGGCGGUGGCGGCCGCGCUGGUGGCCAUGCUUGUGCUGGUGGCGGCGGCCGCCGCCCAGGACUGCGGCGUCAGCAGGGACACGAUGAACAAGUGCCUGUCCUACUGCUCCAGCGGGGGCAACGCCGACGCGUGCUGCGGCCCGCUCACGAACGGCGCCAACUUGGACUGCCUCUGCAAGAACUACUGGGGCAAGCUCCAGUACUACCCCAGCUUAGCCAACUGCGCCAACAAGAUCAAGUCCAGGUGCGGCAUCAGCAAGUCGUGCUAGGAGAUGCUGGAUCGAUCUCGGAGCCACCAGCCAGCAGCUACACCGGGAUCACGAUCAAUACGCAUCCCGGACUGAAUUGUUCUUCGAUGCAACGAUGACAUUGUAUGCCGUCUUUGCUGGUAAUGAUCAUCCGAUCCGUUGCUCUGCUCCUCCAUAUUGUUGUGUUGUGUCUGUGCUUGUACUCUUGUACCGUACGCCGGUGCUAUAUAUGCGUCAUGUAUCCUCUUUGUUUUUUUUUUGUGAACUUUGAUCUCGUGAUUAUGAUCAGCUAGUGGAGUAUGUUUCUGCACCAUAUUGCAAUUGCAGCUCCACCGAGUUGCAUUCUGUGUAAUAUUAAUAAGCUCGUUUGUGCUUUUGGUACUGUGUGCACAAACUAGUAAAAAAUUGACUGAUCUGUUGUUCUAA